AUGGGAUCGAAAAUCUUUAUGUUAGAGAAGUCUCGCUGUGCCCAUGUCCAGAAUCCUCUAGCACUGACGUCCACAUCGUUGGAUGUGUUUGAAGUCCUCUGUAGUGCCAAGUGUGGGAACAACAGAAGUGACAAGUGUGGGAACAACUGUAGUGGUGACAAGUGUGGGAACAACUGUAGUGACAAGUGUAGGAACAACAGCAGUGACAAGUAUGGGAACAACAGGAGUGACACGUGUAGGAACAACAGGAGUGACAAGUGUAGGAACAACAGAAGUGACAAGUGUGGGAACAACUGUAGUGAGAAUUGUGGGAACAACAGUAGUGUCAAGUGUGGGAACAACAGGAGUGACAAGUGUGAGAACAGUUGUGACAAGUGUAGGAACAACAGUAGAGACAAGUGUAGGAACAACAGCAGUGACAAGUAUGGGAACAACAGGAGUGACAAGUGUAGGAACAACAGUAGUGGCAAGUGUAGGAACAACAGGAGUGACAAGUGUGGGAACAACAGGAGUGACAAGUGUAGGAACAACAGUAGUGGCAAGUGUAGGAACAACAGGAGUGACAAGUGUGGGAACAACAGCAGUGACAAGUGUGGGAACAACAGCAGUGACAAGUGUAGGAACAACAGAAGUGACAAGUGUGGGAACAACUGUAGUGAGAAUUGUGGGAACAACAGUAGUGUCAAGUGUGGGAACAACAGGAGUGACAAGAGUGACAAGUGUAGGAACAACAGUAGUGGCAAGUGUAGGAACAACAGGAGUGACAAGUGUGGGAACAACAGGAGUGACAAGUGUAAGAACAACAGUAGUGGCAAGUGUAGGAACAACAGGAGUGACAAGUGUGGGAACAACAGCAGUGACAAGUGUGGGAACAACAGCAGUGACAAGUGUGAGAACAACAGGAGUGACAAGUGUGGGAACAACAGGAGUGACAAGUGUAGGAACAACAGUAGUGGUAAGUGUGAGAACAACAGGAGUGACAAGUAUGGGAACAACAGGAGUGACAAGUGUAGGAACAACAGUAGUGGCAAGUGUAGGAACAACAGGAGUGACAAGUGUAGGAACAACAGUAGUGACAAGUGUAGGAACAACAGUAGUGGUAAGUGUGAGAACAACAGGAGUGACAAGUAUGGGAACAACAGGAGUGACAAGUGUAGGAACAACAGGCUGUCUGAGGUUACUUGGAUGUUGGGUGAAUACAAAUAG